CAAACCACCUAGAAAUCGACGAGAAACCAGAAGCAUCCAUGGCAAAGCCACAGGCAUUGGCUGCAUCACUGCUGCUCUUCUUGGUGGUCUACCUCGCCGCAAUAGAGGGUGCUCAUGGCAUCUGCGGCUUGUCGAACGGCGAAUUCAAGCUUUGCCAGCCCGCAGCGGCGGUGAACAACCCCACGGACAGCCCCUCGUCUGAGUGUUGUGCCGCGCUUGGGAAGGCUAACCUGUCGUGCAUCUGUCGUUACAAAGGCGUCGCCGGCGUAUGGCUGAGAAUGUACCACAUAGAUGCCAACCGUGCCAUGGCGCUUCCCGGCAAGUGCGGUCUCACUAUGCCCAGCAACUGCUAGUGAGGAUCGGACGUACUACAUAUGUAUGCUGUCCGUCUACAUAUGUAUCAACACUUAUACGGCUAGCUAAAUAAGUGGAGGAGCACUUGAAAUGCUUUGUGCUACUACUCGAUCUUUCCGGGGUUGUACGAUUUCACCUGUGCUUAAUUAUCUCAGUAAGCUCUGGAUGAAUACUCAUGUAUGCUGGAAUUGUAAUGAUGGCAAAAGGUGCCUGCCUUACUUGGAGGAUUAAAUGCAAGUUCCAGAAUUAUUAUAUUAUCUGGUUUAAUUUUCUA